UUUCUUUUCUUUCUUUUUUUCUUUCUUUCUUUCUGAUCUUCCUUCUAGCUAGCUUGCGCCAUGGAUCCCUACAAGUACCGCCCCUCAAGUGCUUACAAUACACCCUUCUGGACCACGAACGCUGGGGCUCCCGUUUUUAACAAUGACUCAGCCUUAACCGUUGGAUCCAGAGGUCCAAUUCUCCUUGAAGACUAUCAUCUGGUUGAAAAACUUGCCAACUUUGAGAGGGAGAGGAUCCCCGAACGUGUUGUCCAUGCUAGAGGAGCCAGUGCGAAGGGGUUCUUUGAGGUCACCCAUGAUAUUACUCACCUCACGUGUGCCGAUUUUCUGCGAGCCCCUGGAGUUCAGACACCUGUGAUUGUCCGUUUCUCCACUGUCAUCCAUGAGCGUGGCAGCCCUGAAACCAUUAGGGAUCCUCGAGGUUUUGCUGUUAAGUUUUACACGAGAGAGGGUAAUUAUGAUCUUGUGGGAAACAACUUCCCCAUCUUUUUCAUCCGUGAUGCAAUGAAAUUUCCCGAUGUGAUCCAUGCUUUCAAACCCAACCCUAAGACGAACAUCCAGGAGUAUUGGAGGGUUAUGGACUUCCUCUCCUACCAUCCAGAGAGUCUGAACACGUUCAUGCUCCUGUUUGAUGAUAUUGGUAUUCCACAAGAUUACAGACACAUUGAAGGCGCAGGUGUUCAUACAUAUACCCUGAUCAACAAGGCUGGGAAAGUUACUUAUGUUAAAUUUCACUGGAAACCCACUCUUGGGGUCAAGUGUUUGUUGGAGGAAGAGGCUAUUAGGAUUGGAGGAACUAAUCACAGCCAUGCCACUAAGGAUCUGUACGACUCAAUUGCGGCUGGAAACUAUCCUGAGUGGAAAUUCUACAUCCAGACAAUGGAUCCCGAAGAUGAGCACAAAUUUGACUUUGACCCUCUUGAUACAAGCAAAAUCUGGCCUGAGGACAUCUUGCCUCUGCAGCCAGUUGGCCGCUUGGUCUUGAACAAGAACAUCGACAACUUCUUUGCAGAGAAUGAGCAACUUGCAUUCAACCCUGCUCAUGUUGUUCCUGGUAUCUACUACUCCAAUGACAAGAUGCUCCAGGGUCGGAUCUUUGCCUAUUCUGACACUCACAGGCACCGCCUCGGACCAAACUAUCUCCAACUCCCAGUUAAUGCACCCAAGUGUGCUCAUCACAACAAUCACCAUGAGGGUUCCAUGAAUAUCAUUCACAGGGAUGAGGAGGUAAAUUACUACCCCUCGAGGUUUGAUCCUGUUUGUCCUGCUGAGAGAUUCCCCAUUCCACGUGAUAUACUCUCUGGACUACGUGAGCAGCGUGUUAUUGAGAAGGAGAACAACUUUAAACAGCCAGGAGAUAGAUACAGAUCCUGGGCACCAGACAGGCAAGAUCGAUGUGUCCACAGAUGGGUUGAGGUUUUGUCUGACCCACGUGUCACCCAUGAGAUUCGCAGCAUCUGGGUCUCAUAUCUCACUCAGGCUGACAGGUCUCUGGGUCAGAAGGUUGCAUCUCGCAUUAAUGUGAGGCCAACCCUGUGAAUUAAGGUGAAGAAAGUUGCACGUUUUUAUGAGCUGAAGAGAAUCGAGAAGAAGAUAAACCAAAAUGUGAGGGGAAGGGACAAAUUAGAGUGUUGUUGAUCACAUGCAUAUUUACCGUACUUGUAAUAUCAGAUACUGAAACCUUGGCAUGCAUCUUGUGUUUGCUUCAAUCCAAUAAAUUAUGCCGGUUGUAUAUCUGCAA